AUGCCUUUGCCAUGGAAGAGGGCCAAAGUCUCGAGGAUUUCCCGUAUUGUUGCGGAUCUUCAGCCACCCAAGCCCAAUUCCAUGGUUGUGCAAACCGGCUUCCCUACUUCACUUGUUGAUCUUUUCGUCAAGAAUCGUGACCGAUUAAAGACACCCAUUAAGAAGAAGAAAAAGCAGCACCAGCAUAAUCAGCCCCGCGAGGUUGAGGAGUUUGUCGUUUCCGAUACCACAUCCUUGGCGAACGCUAUAGAAUGGCCGGUGGAGCCUGUUAAUAUCGAUAAAAAGUGUGAAAGUCCGGAGAAGUUGGAGGCUAAGGUUAAAAAUGUCGAUAGAUGUGAAGUUUUGGGGGGUGAAUAUCGAAAUCUUGAUUGUAAUCAAGGUAUUAAGGAAUGUGGGGUUGUUGAUUAUGGCAAUCUUGAGUCGAAUAGAAAAGAGAAACGCUUGUUAUGUUCAAUUUUAAAGAUGUUUGUGGUCGUGGUCUUGGCUUUGAGCACCACAAGACUUGCUGUUGGGAUAACAAUGUCUGCUUCUCUUCUCAUCUUUCUUGAAUAUGAAGGGAGACGUCUCUUGUGUUUACUGAAAACAUGCAUGUUAGCUUUGCUAAGUGUAUUUCCAAGGGUUGUUUCUUUAUUUCGAUUCAAGAAGGAUUUGUGGGUUUCCGAGAAAGGAACGAUCAAUGUAGGGGAAGAUGAUUAUGCGUCUGAUUCUUGUGAUUCGACUGGGAGCCUUGAAUCCAACAUUCCCCUCAAGGACAUUCAACCAAUGGAACCAAGAAUUGAUAUGGUUGGACGAGUUGAAACAAAUGAGAGAGUAGAAUAUCAAACAACUAAUGAUUUAUUGUAUUACGACAAGAGAUGGGAUAGAGUGGAUGGAGCUGCGAAGGCAGAGAGUGAUGAAGGUGGACAAAUGAUUUGUGGAAAAGAGCAUAGCCAGAGUUGUAAACUCAGAAGAAAAUUCAUCAAGAAACUGGUGCCAAAGAAAUUGCGUUCUGUAAAGAGAGAGAGAAAGGGAAACGAGAGAGAAGCAGAAUUCAGGAUGAGGAGUGAUAUGUCUAGUUGCUGCUGGGUAGAGGAUAAGUUAUGGAGGAGUGCAAACACAAAAGAGCAAUCUAUGCUUCACCAACAAAAUUCAGGUUGCAAAGGGAAACAAACGCUAAUGGAAUUGUUGGAAGAAGAAAAGGAAGAAGAACAAGAAAGAUUUGGAACUGGAAGAAUUGAACAAUUUGAACGCAGACGUUCUAUUCCAACUCAGGCGUUGCAGACUAAGACAGAAAUGAUUGCAGUCCAGGAAAGGGUAGAUAUUGUAAGAGGAGGCAAUUCAGGUUACUUGAUCCUCUUUCUUGUUGUUCUUGCUGGACUCAUUGGGGGUCGAAUGCUAGCUCUUGUGGCUACAGUUGCAUCCUGCUCCAUGCUAAAAUUGCUUGGGAGACGUAGCAGAUGCGAAAAAUGA